AUGUCUUGCAUUGCAGAUUGGUGCAUAAAUAUGUUUAGAAUCCUUAUUACUAAAAUUGGUAGCUUCAAUAAUAAUUUGAUUUUGAAUAUGCUUGUGGUGGUUCAUAAGUAUAAAUCAGCAACUAAAAUAGCAGAAAGUAUGCUUUAG